AUGAGACGGGAACCCAAGGCUCCGGUGGGCUCAACUGCAGCCGACGAUUGCUGUUUGGACAUCUCCGAAGUUCUCGACACCUUCGACUGGGGCGAGUUGACGCCGCCGCAGACGCCGAGAUCCCAGGUUGCAGCCCCGUUCGAUCCCCGCGUGAGACCAUUUGCUACGAUUAGUGGAGAGAGCCCGUUCGAGCAGGCUGGCCAGGUGAACCAUUUGGAUCUCUGCAGUGAUGAAGAGCAGAAGUGCUUGAUGUCUUCAGCUGGUGAAGGCGGCAGCUUCGGCCUUGCAGACUGGGCAACUACCCAACCUGAUCAAAAGCCCAAGGCACAAGAUUGGAUCACUCCACCAUCACCAAGUGGUGCGGCAGGCAAAGCAUCCAAAGCCUCCGACGGGGAGCUAAGUGUUGUUGAGGUGCGGCGUCAGAAGAAUCGCGAAUGGAUGCGAAAAUCUCGUCAGAAGCAGCGUGAAGCAUUGAAUACAAUGAAGUUGACGGUUGCGAGGUUGGAGAAGCAGUACACAAAGUUGAGUUUAAGUGCAGCACGGACCAUGAACAGGUCAAUUAAUGACGCUCUCGUCGCUCGAAGCAGAAUUGCAUCUGACUACGCAGACGCUGUGGGGUUGACGAGACGGCUCGGAGCUGAGAAUUUGUACCUCAAGUCGGAGAUACAGCAGCAAGCGGCGUGGAAGCUUCAUCUCUCUCGCGCUCUGCAGUCGUGCAUGGAAAUGGAGGGCCCUCACUGGGCUCAGCAGUUCCAGCAACCAGCUCUAGGGGGCGAGGAGGUACUUCACAUGCGUCUUGACUUGCGAGAUCAACUCGACGCAGCGGAACAGUUCGGCUUCCACCCACUGACCGACCUCAGACUGACUCAACUUAUCUUGGAGAACAGCCGAAUGGUGGUGCUCGUCCCGAACACGUACGUGAUGGUGAGAGAUGCCAAGUCUCCAACCAAUGACAUCUCCAUCUUUCGCUCUGUGUUCGUACGCUUCCUCAUUGAAACGAGCAAGAAGAUCCCGUCGUCGAAAGUGAAGCCCAGUUUUGACGCGAAGUACUACUCGAGGAACCCGAGCGAGGAGGACAUCCGCAAAAAAGUGGCGUGGGCGCACUUGUCGCUGUCGAUUGGGUUUUUGAACGUGGUGAACCCUAACACGCUGAACGGAACAUGA